UGCAGGCUCCUGUGGACAAGACCUCUGCUGCUCCCUUGUGGCCACAAUCUGUCGGUUCACGUCCGCAACGCGACGAAACCAUCAACAGAAGCCGAUGGUUUGAGGAGUUCACCAAGAUGUUACCCUAUCUACUCCGUUUCUGAUCAAAGAAUAAUAUUCUGCAUUAACUCCACCUUGGUGAUUUUAUUUUUUUGUUGUGUAGUUAUCAAGUUGUAUAGUUUUAAUAUAGUUUAUUCUCUUCAUGUGUCAAGGCAUAACAAUGAAAACAUGUGGCAUGCUACAGCCACAAGAGGGAGCUAUUGCAAAAGCCCAAAUGUUCCAGACUCCAUGCGCGAUGCGCUCACAGUGUUCGUUUACAAUGGACUGCUGCGUAAGAUUAGGACCUGCACGCUGGAGCUGGAAGGAGAUCAUCCUGUCUGUCCUGCCUGGAAUCAUGUCCUAACCGUGUGGACCCACCUCGCCAAAUACCUGUAGUCCUCCAACUCUGGCGGACUUCAGGAUUUCUUGUUUUAUCACAGGCCAUUUGGAAUUACAGGUAUUAAAAAAUAACCGCAUGUGAAGCAAUUGGUCUACGAUCAAUGAUGGACGUAAACUUGGAUAAAACCUCGCUGGGUGCACGAUGCUGGCUUUUGUUUCAAGUUCAUGCCAUGCCUGUGUGUGUCUGAAGUACAAGGAGAAUGGGAGUCUCGUGAUCCCACGAUAACGUCUGGAUGUAUUUACUCCCCUAUGCGACCUUGAGACUUCAUUCUGUAACCUUUUUGCUGAGAGGAGACCAACUUCUAGGAAGUAUUGAAAUGCAAGCCAUCUAACACGAGCAACACACACGCCCAAACAGACUCCUGCGGAGGACCAUCCUUCUCCAUGCAGACCGCCAGAAGUGUUUCGCUCCUGUUACCCACGGCUACGACGCAGACACAACUUCCUAACGUUGUUUUUUAAGUCCAUGAAAGAAUGACAGUCAGAGAUCACAAGAGGGGCCAAGGAAGUUGACAUCUGUUGGUUUGGACGUAGUAAGAUAUCAGCUCAAAACAUAACGACAAACUAAAGUAUUUCUAAAGUAGGGUCUUGGAUACAAGUUUCCUUGUUUCACUACCCCCCCCUCGAUGCGACAACCCGCAGAGUAUGGGGUGUGUCAAAUCCAAGCGGAGUGAAUCGUCUGAGGAGAAGGCCAACUCUGCAGAGCAGUCCGACGGUGAGGCCAAGGGGAGGUCGCGGGGGGAGAAGGCCUACCUAGUGCACUCUGAGACGGGCUGCGACGCGGACCCCGAGUCCUCCACGGCCAGGGUCAACCCGGUAGUGCUGGAGUACGCCCAGAGGCUGUCGGAGGAAAUUGUGUCGCGGGCAGUGCAGCAGUGGGCCGACAUAGAUAGCCGCUACAGCGACAUCCCCUACAUCGAGUGUGACGUCCCGUGACAGCGUGGGCUGGAGGACGGGAGUUCCCCCAUCAGCAGCUGCUGCUGCUGCUGCUGUUGCUGCUGCUGCUGCUACAACUGGCUGAGGUCCAUCAGAUGUCACCAGUUACCCAGCUGAAUCCCGCUCUUUCUCGACCGGGACAUGGGUGGCCAGAUUCACGUGAGGAUUAACACCUGGAUUAAAUCUGACCCCUGCCAGACCCACCGUAGUAUUUGUUUGUCGUCAUACUAUUGGAUAUUAGAAUAACUUCCGGAUGUCCCCAUACUGCCUUGCCAUGGUGCUCACAUGACACUUUUUGGGAGGGAAUCUUGAGAUGCGGCAAUGUCUACCUGCUGGGAAUGUGGGUGUACAUGUGUGUAAAACGGCAGAGGCAGGACACACAAAUCUAUUAACUGCUGGCCUCGCCAGUCGAAUCUGGCUGAAGCAGACCCUCUAUAGCCGGAUAUUACCUUCACUAGGAUCCCUUCCAUCUCCUAACCCCUGUGUGGGGAUUAAGAGUGCCAAGAUUUCUAUGUACGGUAGUUGCCAUCGAUUGCUUAGUUCGACCCCCAACAUGAGGUCUACUGUUGGCCAUUGGCAAUCGCCAUGGGGCCAAAUCUCUCUCCUCUUACCGGGAGACUCGCUAAAAGGGGAGAGCAAAUGUUCGGGUCACAAGUCCUUUGGGCUGGGGAGAGAAACAAGGACCAGACACUCACCUCACCACCGGCUCAGCAUCCGGCUGGCUUGAGAGACACUUUGUGGGGGCAGGCUAAUGGCCUCCCUGGAGAUGUUGUGGUGUUGCCACAUCAAGGCGCAGCCUUAGUUCCAGCCCCUGCCUAGUGCACUCCUAAGAAAGACCCCAGCAGCACAGAUCAUCCGUCCGGUCUAACCCCAUCCCAACAUGGAGCUCAAAGUAGGUCACUUAGUGGUGGUGCAGGGACUUUGGUGUAGCGCUGCACCUGCAGGAACUGAACUUGAGUUUAUGCUGUGUGCGGUUGACAGUCCUGCCGUCACCUCUCAUACAAAGAGCAAAAAAAAAAAAAGUGGCUUCUUAAAAGAAUAGUAAGAAAACAACCCUUUUCAUUCCAAUCAAUUCUGUGUUGUCUGCGGACCAAAGAGGGAUAUCUGCAAUCUAUGCUGCAGGGGGAAGCGGUGGACAUAUGCAACCAUAAACGCCUGUGACACUUUAACAGCUCUUUGAAAUAGUGUGGUGCUAUGAUGAGACAAGAUGAGGAUCAGAAGGUACAGCGGUUCCACUGGGACUACAAAAAUGGUCACAGCUGCCAAUAUCAUUUAUCAAGUGUUAUGAUGAAGCACAAUGCAUCCUAGCUAGUUCAGUGGGCUGAUGUAGGACGUAAACAUCAGUUCACUAGAGAGCAACCUCUUGGAACCUAAAGGGAAAAGCUGAUGUCAGUGGUAUUUACGUGUGUGUUGUUUGCCAAACCCAAUAUGUACUCUAAGUCAAAGAAUGACCAACUGCCACCCAAACCCCUUUAAAAUAGACCCUGCUCUUGUUAGAAAUGUUUUAAAUUUGCGGUCGUGAUAACAAGCCUGAAAUGACUGGUACCAAUAUCAGCAACAUAAUUCACUACAAUAAUAAUUACUAAGCCAUAGAAACAAUAGUGGGGAAUUAUAUCCAGUUGCCUUAUGCCCAGAACUUGGCCUUUAAUUAUUCUUGUAAACACAAAUAUGUCAUUGAACUGAAAAUAUGCAGAUUUCAUUGACGGGUAUUAUUUACCAAUGAGGUUGAUAGAAAAACCCAAGCAAAUGUGGUUAUGGUAUCUCAGAUCUCCCAUGAAGAGAACCUCUUUUAUGUAGAAAAAUAUUGAUCUUGUCGUUUGUGAUUCACCCUUUUCGUAAAGGUCCCAUGGCAUGCCACCAGGUGUGGUGUGAUUAGCCGGUACAAGCCGUUUUGGAAAUCUGCCCCUUAUGACAUCACAGGUGGGCGUGUCCACUUAGAUGUGUGCUGGAUAGAUCAGCCUACCAGCCUACCCAGUGAACUGUAGCAAACGUUGCUCAUCUAUCGUCACACAUCUAGGUGGACAUGCCCACCUGUGAUGUCAUAAGGGGCAGAUUUCCAAAACGGCUUGUAGCGGCUAAUCACACCACACCUGGUGGCAUGCCGUGGCAGGACUUUCAAUAAUAACUUUUCAAAUCCUAUGUUUAAAAAUCCUAUAAUGUUGGUGAACGAUUUAAAAAACAAUAAUUUAAAGGGAUUUGAUUCAGAAAAUGUAAUUGUGCUUUAGUGAGCUAAACCGCCCUGCAUUCAGCAUUUACAAAGGCGGACAAAAAACAAACAAUAUUUGCACUAAUCUUGGUUGGGUAAUUAAUCUGACUCUCCAAAACACAGUCAGAGAAACAUGGAAAUAAAUGUAAAGAUGACUUACCAUGACACAAUUCUGCUCAAAGCCACAAUACUAAUUAGAUGUAAUGUGUGUUGUUCCAAAUAAAUAAUUCUGCCAGAAUAAUUUAAUUAUUUUAUUUUUCUCUAGCUUUUUCAAAACAUGAAUGGGAAACAUGACAUGGUAUGCAAGGAGGGUUUACAGUUAGUUGUUUGCUCAAAAUGUUGUUUUGUCCUCGCAAAUACCAUAGGUCUACCAACGUCUCAUGUUCCUAUCUAGCGAACCUCUGAAUGGUUGGAAGCUUUGUCCAUGUUUUAGGCAGACUAAUUUUAGGCAAAUGCAGUGAUAGAAGUCUGUCCUCUAGGCUGGGGACCGCAGGUUUGGAAACAAAGUCCUACAUUUUGGCUAACUAUGUUGCAGGCAUUUUACUAUUCACCAUUAAUGUCAAUACCGGGAAACCUGUUAGUAUGGUGUGUGUUUACAGCUAGAAAAACAGAAAAAAUAUUUCACCAGUUUGUUUCCCGGUCAAGUGUAAUACCAAAAGAGGUUACUUAUCAUGUCCAGUUUUAUUGUUGAAUAAAGUGUUGACAGGAUGAACACAAAUUGAACCAGUGGCAUCAACGGCCAACAGAAAGCAUAGUGCUCAUAUACAAAGCCAAGUAACUAAAGGACAGUGGGUAUAAACUUCACCAUGAACUUGGGGCCAACCUUUUCCGCUAAUACAUGCUAGUUGGGUCGCGCUGUCUGAAAGAAUGCCUGGUUGGUUUUUACCUCUGGUCAUAUCUUCUGUGAUUACUUUUCAUGAUUAAUGCUUGAACGUGACGUUGAACAAAGAGUAAAAACUAUGUUGAAGUGACUUGACCUUUCCCAAUACGUAGUUCUAAUUAUGUGUAACUUAUGUUUCCCCUUCUCAUAUUAUUCUUCCAUGGAACGCAGCUAAUUGUACCACUUAUUUAGAGGAUAGCUGUGCUGUAAGCAUUGUACUCUGUCUUAUAAAAGGGAUCAAGCAAAGGGAAUUAUGUUCAUAGUUGUGAUUGUGGCUUGUGAAUAUGGGCCUGAUUCAACUGAAUUACCAUAUAUGAUGUGCAUUUGUAAUGUCUUCAAUUUGGUGGCUACAUCUGCUUCUUCUUUGGAGUUCAGUUACAGUGUUUGAAUUAAAUAUUCUGUUCAAACUCAACGCUAUUCUUCUUAAUUUACAGCGUACUAAGCUUGUCUGAACCUUAUUAGACAUGUACAUUUAUGUAAAGAUGAAUGAAAUGCCAGUACAUAUUGGCAUCCAGAGUUGCACCAUUGUGGGAUAACGUUGAGUUUAUUAGAAAUGUGAUUGCCUGCUAGCUUCUUAUCUCAUCAUUUGUGCAAACAGUUUUUUUUAACUGGGUAAAAACCGUUGGAAACCUUUGUUUGUUCAAUAGUUUCAUAACACAUUUCUAUCAGCACACGUCCACCUUAAAGUAUUUUUUAUCUUCCUUCUAGACGUAACACUCAGCCAAAGUUCAGUUUGGCUUGCAGACGGAGAUGACAACAGGCGACAGACACCUGGCCGUUUGUUUGAAGACCAAACCGCCACCAUAAAUUAUGUUCUGUGAUGCCAAGACAAACACUCAGACCAUUAGCUGAUGUUUACUGCGGCCCGGUGUUCCCGAAUAUUGGCUGGGCUCGGGGAAAAGUCAUUUGGCCACAGACUCUGGAGGACAGGGAAA